AUGGGCUGUGUCCAAACUAGAUAAUACGAGAAGUGCACUAUGAUUUCAUGUGAAGUCAAGUAUCUCAUCCCAGAAUUAGUUUAAGCAAUCAAAUUAGCUCAACAAUGUCUCUAUUCUCCUGAAUCUCCAAUCAAGCUUACUCCCAUCAAACCAAUAAACAGAAUCUAUUGUAAAAUCGAAAGUACACUACCAUCAGGCUCGGUUAAAAUAAGAGCCAUCUACAAUAUGCUUUAUAGAUUGUAACAGAAAAAACGGCACAGAGGCGAUGAAGAGCUAAAUUUAGUAAUAUGCUCUUCUGGGAAUGCAGCCACUGCUUGUAUAGAGAGUUUGAAACUUUUAAAGUCAGAGAGAAAGUUGAAUCAGAAAUAGGAAGGAAUUGCAAGUGAAUUAGUCUAAGAUGAUACACCUACUGAUCCAGGAUUGUCUGCAGAAAUUAAAGAUGAAUAGUUCCAAUCUAAAAUAAAACCAUAUGAAUUGAUUGGCAAAUUAAUAAUAUUCUCGAAGUAUGUCAAAGAAAUUCAUUAUACUAACGAUUUACCCAAUGUGACCAUUAUGCAUUCAGAGUUAAAUAAAAAUGAAAUCGAAAAAGAGGCAAUUAAGUAUAGUGAGGAAAUGGGAUAUGAUUACUUGGACAUUCAGAACGAUUUUGAUGUUUUUGGAGGCUAUGCCACUAUAGGAUUUGAGAUUGAUUAAUGGCAAGUUUUAACAAAUACAAAAAUAGAUUAAAUUUUUGUCACUCUAAAAAGUGGAGCUAUGAUUGCUGGAAUAGCUUUCUAUUUAAAAUACAUUGCAUAAAGUAAAAUGCGCAUAAUAGGAGUGAUGUUAUGUGGAACAACUAGAAAGGAUGCAACUUUAUGUUAGCAGAUCAUAGAAGGGUUCAUUGAUGAGAUUCUUUAUGUAACUGUUGAGGAAGUGGAGAGGGCGUAAUGUGAAUUGGCAAAGGCUGAGGAGAUUGCUGAGUUUAAUUGUGCAAUCGCAUAUGCUGGAUGCAAGAAGAGUUAAAUGAAAAAUAGUUUAGUUGUUCUUUCGGGUGGAAAUGUGGCUGUCAAAGAUUUAGAGACCUUAAUGAAAAAAUACGAAUGA